GCAUUGUUUGUUCAUCUUGUGUUUCGCUCGGUUUCAAUACAAAAACAAAUGUAAAGGUUAGAAAUGUAUUGUCGUUGAAAUAAGUUAAGAUAAAUUCUCAUCAAGAUGAGGAAGGAACGAACGGCGGAUAAUUGCAGACCGUACAAACUAGCCCAUCAAAUACUUAGUUUGACUGGUAUCAGUUUUGAAAGGAAAAGUAUAAUAGGUUUUGUUGAAUUAACAGUAGUACCAUUGCGUGAUAGCCUUAGACACAUCAAACUGAAUGCAAAACAGUGUCGGAUCUACAGAGUUAGUUUGAAUGAAACUUAUGAAGCUCACUUCCAAUACUUUGAUCCAUUCUUAGAUAUAUGCCAAGGUGAUGCGAAUACUCGAGCGUUGGAAUCUUUCAAUACACAUCAUUUAGCGGCUGCAUUGAAAGUUGAUCCAGAUAAUAGUGCUGGAGAACUUGUGGUGACUAUACCAAGUGAGGCUGCCCAUCUGAUUGCUGAAGGUACAGCGUUGAGGGUGGGUAUUGAAUUUUCUUUGGAACAGCCUCAAGGUGGUAUUCACUUUGUUGUACAUCCAGGAGAUGGAACACCAGCUGAGAGGGGUGUGCAUUUGUACACUUAUGGACAUCAGAAUUCUUCGAGACUCUGGUUUCCUUGUGUGGAUAGUUACGCCGAGCCUUGUACCUGGAAGCUGGAGUUCACUGUCGACGAAAAUAUGACUGCGGUGUCUAAUGGUGACUUGACCGAGGUCGUCUUCACGCCGGACAUGAGAAGGAAAACGUUUCAUUAUUCGCUAACUAUACCCACUUGUGCUCCAAACAUAUCACUCGCUGUGGGACCGUUCGAGAUCUACGUUGAUCCUUACAUGCAUGAGGUUACACAUUUUUGUUUGCCUCAGUUGCUGCCGUUGCUUAAGACGACGACCACUUUCAUGCACGAAGCGUUCGAAUUUUAUGAAGAAACUUUAGCGAAUCGUUACCCCUAUUCAUGUUACAAGCAAGUAUUUGUGGAUGAGGUUGACGAGGAUUACGCGUCUUACGCAACUAUGAGCAUCUUGAACACUAAUCUUCUUCAUUCAGCUGUUAUCAUCGAUCAAGUUUACGCGACGCGGAGGGCGAUGGCUCAGGCCAUAGCUGAGCAGUUUUUCGGAUGCUUCAUUUCCAUGCAGAAUUGGUCGGACAUGUGGCUGCCCAAAGGUAUAAGCCAGUAUCUUUGCGGGUUAUACGCGAAGAAAUGCUUUGGUAACAACGAAUACCGAGACUUCGUACGGACAACUUUGAUGGAAGUUGUCAAGUAUGAAGAGGAAUUUGGUGGCAUAGUUUUAGAUCCAAGUCAACCUCCAGCGCCGCUCCCGUCUUCGGGCAGCGCACCCGGCAGCAGCAGCCACGCUCAGCAAGUCGAGACUAACUUCUACUUCUCUAUCAAGAACCUGCACACGAUGUCACCCACGUACAUCGAGGUGCUGCACAAGAAGUCUCUGCUGGUGAUGCGAAUGCUCGAACACAGAAUUGGUUUAGAGCUGCUCUUGCAAGUCUUCAACAAGCAACUUUCUUUGGCGUCGAAUGCGUCCGGUCAGAAAAUCGGGAGCGGCCUGUGGGGUCACAUGUUGAUCAGCACCAACGUUUUUUCGAAAGCAAUUUUUACUGUGACAGGCAAAGAUAUGAAGGUGUUCAUUGACCAAUGGGUAAGAACGGGCGGCCACGCCAAGUUCCACCUUACAUCUGUAUUCAAUCGAAAAAGAAAUACGAUUGAAUUGGAGAUCAGACAAGACGCGACGACACAGAUCGGCAUUAAAAAGUACGUGGGUCCACUGCUGGUUACUUUGCAGGAACUCGACGGUACUUUCAAGCAUAACUUGCAAAUCGAGAACACUGUAGUUAAAUCUGACAUCACAUGCCACUCGAAGAGCAGAAGAAACAAGAAAAAGAAGAUUCCGCUUUGUACCGGUGAAGAAGUCGACAUGGACUUGAGCGCUAUGGACGAUUCUCCGGUACUUUGGAUAAGACUCGAUCCAGAAAUGACGCUUUUGCGUUCAGUCGUUAUCGAGCAACCAGAUUACCAGUGGCAAUACCAAUUGCGUCAUGAGCGUGAUGUCACUGCCCAAAUGGAGGCGAUUUUGGCUUUGGAGCGUUACCCUACGCCUGCCACCAGAUUAGCACUCACUGACACCAUAGAGAACGAGCAGUGUUUCUUUAAAGUUCGCUGCAAAGCCGCACAUUGCCUAACAAAAGUAGCAAACGCUAUGAUCACUUGGGCUGGGCCACCGGCAAUGCUCGCCAUAUUCCGUAAAUUGUUCGGCUCUUUCGCAGCGCCGCACAUCAUCCGGCAAAAUUCCUUCCAGAACUUCCAGCACUACUUCAUCCAGAAGACCAUCCCCGUAGCUAUGGCCGGUCUUCGGAACGUCCACGGCAUUUGUCCGCCGGAGGUGAUUCGUUUUCUUCUCGAUUUGUUCAAAUACAACGACAACACGAAGAACCGGUAUUCGGACAACUAUUACAGAGCGUGUCUGGUGGAGGCGCUCGGCUGCACCGUUACACCUGUCGUAGCACUUCAGAAGGGGAACAUCACAUUCGAAAGUCUCAGCACCGAUACUAAACUGGUGCUGGAGGAAAUUACACGCAUUUUGAAUCUGGAGAAGUCGCUGCCCUGCUACAAGUAUACUGUGACUGUGGCCUGUCUGAAGGCCAUCAGGAAGUUGCAGAAGUUUGGACAUUUGCCGAGCAGUCCAACGCUUUUCAAAAGCUAUGCGGCGUACGGACUAUUUAUUGAUGUUAGAUUGGCCGCAUUGGAAUGUCUGGUUGAUUUCGUUAGAGUGGACGGCAAAUGGCAGGAUCUGCAGAACAUCUUGGAUUUGGUAGAAAACGAUCCCGAUCCUGGUCUGAGACACAAACUUGUCAAACUGCUCAUAAUGAAUCCACCGUUCGACAGAGCUCAUCGACACAGAUUGGAUGUUCCUGAUUUGGUCGAUCGCAUUUGGAUGAACAUCAACGGAAUGUUAUCGCACGACACUAGGCUUCGCUGCGAUUUAGUCGAUCUCUAUUACAAACUGUACGGAAGCAGAAGACCGUUUUGCGUGCCUGUAGCUGAGCUAGCUGGUCUUCUAAAGCCGCAGAAGGAAGAGGACAGGAGGAAGAGUCACUUCAACGAGAAGCGAACGAUGUCGCCUCUUCCGCCUCCACCGAAACAUCAUCAACCUGAUCCCAUCCCAGAGGAGAUGGAAAUGGACAUCGCGAAGGAACCCGCCAUCAAGGAGGAAGAUCUUUUCUCCGCCGAACCUAAAAUGGAGUUCUUCAAAUCCGUCAAGCAGGAAUACUAUUCCGAUAAUUCGGUAUCGCUGCCUGGUCUUAUGGGACAAGGAGGUCCGGUUGGAUUCGAACCCGGCAUGUUCAAGAAGGAGGACGGCGGCAGCAAACACAAAUCCGCCGAUCCCACUAAAGUCAAGAAGAAGAAGAAGGACAAGAAGAAACACAAGCAUAAGCACAAACACAAGCACGAGCAUAAGCACAAGGAGAAGAAGGAGAAGGACAAGGAUCCCAACAAAAUCAAGGUUAAAGAGGAAGAGACUUUGAGCUCGGUCAGCUCAACGCCAAGCCCGACUCCGCAUUCUCUCAGUAGCGCGGAAAUAUUAUAAAGAUUUUCAUUACUGUUUCUUAAACUAUGUACAUAAUUUCGUUUCAAUUUUGUCUGUCGGUGUUGCUUCGUUUCGCAA